AUGGCCUGCUUACUCGCCGCUCUGCGCGUCUUUCUCGGCGGCUUCUUCGUGCUCACGGGGGCGGCCAAGCUCUCGGAGCAGAUCUCCGCUCCCGUGUCGCAGCAGAUGAAAGCCUUGUUCGUGCAGUUUGCUGAGGUGUUCCCGUUGAAGGUGGUCGGCUACCAGCCAGAUCCCAUGAGCUACCAACUGACUGUGGGCUGGUUGGAACUGCUGUCUGGGUUGCUGCUCAUCCUGGGCUCACCAAUUCUACAAGAGAUCAGUAACUUUCUUUUGACGCUGCUCAUGAUUGGAGCUAUCUUCACGUUACUGGCACUAAACGAGUCACUGAGCACUUACAUCCCAGCCGUCAUCUGCUUGAGCCUCCUGAUACUACUGGAUACCUGUCGUUUCUCAUUCCAAACCAAGGAAUCCAGACCCACAAGGAAGAGGUCUCCAAGUGCAUUCAAGGAAUCCUAG